AUGAGCUCCACACCCGUGAGCGGCAUCGUCUCCGCUGCUACAGCCACUGCAGCCAUGGCCGCCAUGGCCUUAUUGCAGAAGAAGCGUGCGUCACUGUACCGCGUAUCGGCUACCAAACGCUCUGGACCGCGGCGAUCGAGUGCCGCUCGUGCGGCUGCAAAUGGCGCGGUCCUCAUGCCGACCCCUAGCUACGGGUUACUGCAGGCUGAAGACGAUCCAGCGGAAGGGUACGAACUGUUCCCAAUUGACUUUUCUAUGCACGUGCGGAUUCGCCAGUCGAUCGUGCACGCCUUUCUACAGACGCACCCAGAAGCGACGACCACUGCGUCAGUGCUGCUCCUCCAUGGCGGCGUCGAGGUCGAUCGUUACGAUACCGAUAUUCAGUACAACUUCCAUCAGGAGAGCUUCUUUCAGUACGUUUUUGGCGUGCGAGAGCCUGGCUGUGCAGGGCUGGUGGACUUCACGAGUCGACAGUCGGUCCUCUUUGUCCCUCGUUUGAGUGACGACUGGGAGCUCUGGUGUGGCGAUCGUAAGCCGUUGGCAUACUUUAAAGCCCACUACAAAGUGGAUCAGGUGUAUUACGUGGAUGAAAUGGCAGCUGUACUGGCUACUGAGAUUCAGGCGAAGAAGCUCUAUGUACUCCACGGUAGGAACACGGACAGUGGACUCGAGACAACGACGACCUCGAUGUUUGAUGGCAUGGACGCGUUUGAUGUGGACAGGGAGGCACUGCAUCCUGUGUUGGUGGAAUGCCGAGUGAUCAAGACGGAGAAAGAGCUCGAGCUCUUGCGCUUUGUCAAUAAACUGUCGUCUCGUGCUCAUAUUUAUGUCAUGAGGCACACUCGCCCCGGCAAGAUGGAGUUCCACGCUGAGAGUGAUUUCCUCCACUAUGUGUACAGCAAUGGCGGUGCACGCUUCCAUGCCUACACGUGCAUCUGUGGUAGUGGACACAACGCGUCCGCUCUUCACUAUGGCCACGCCGGCGCACCGAAUGACAAGCUGCUGGAGGACGGUGACUUGUUUCUCAACGAUAUGGGUGGCGAGCUGCAUGGAUAUACUUCGGACAUCACAUGCACGUGGCCAGUCAAUGGUGUCUUUUCUUCGGACCAGCGCAUGGUCUAUGAGGGUGUGUUGAAAGCACACGAUGCCGUGGUGGCUGCCAUCAAGCCAGGUAUCAGCUAUGUCGACAUGCACUUGCUGUCGCACCGUGUGCUGACGCAACAUUUGCUCGAGCACGGCUUAUUUCAGAACGGAACGGUUGAUGAGCUAAUGGAUCAUGAAAUCUCGGCGUACUUCUAUCCUCACGGUCUUGGUCACAUGAUGGGUCUGGACACGCAUGACGUUGGCGGUAUCCCCAUCGGCUACGUACGUUCAACAAAGAAGAUUCUGGCCAAGCUGCGUUGUGUGCGCAAUCUGGUGAAGAACAUGGUGCUUACCGUCGAGCCUGGCUGCUACUUUAUCGAGGCUCAGAUUCAAGCAGUUCUGGCGAACGCCGUCACUGCCAAGUUUAUUAACCAGGAAAUGCUGUCUCGUUUCCGCGGCACUGGCGGUGUGCGGAUUGAGUCGAAUGUUGUUGUGACUGCAACAGGCGUCGAGUGUAUGAGUGAAGUUCCUAGGAAGGUCGAAGAGAUUGAGGCGACUAUGCAGAAGGCGUAG